AUGCUUUCACAUCCAAGCUCUCUUCACAAGAUAAUAUUCCCUUUUGCAUCAAUUUUGCAAAUAAGGAUAAAAGGGAUUGAUUGGAAGACAGAAAUAGAGAUUCAGGAUCUUGGUAGCAUCACUAAAACAUUGAGCUUUACAAUUAUCUUUAAAGAGCGAACAUCCAUUACCAUUACCAUUGGCCUUUCUUUGCUUGAAGAUUUGUACACUUCAUUGGAAGAUUUUCUGAAUAUGAGAUCAACACAAAAGGUCAUUUCUCACCAUCAAGGUGAGAAUUUUGUGGAAGAGUUGUUGGAUGGCUCAGUGAAAAUUUUGGAUAUUUGUGGUAUCACAAGAGACACCAUGUUAGAAAUUAAAGAAAAUGUUGAAGCACUUCACUCUUCUCUUAGAAGAAGAAUUGGAGUUUCAAGCAUUGAAACAAGUGUAGCCGAAUAUAACUAUUUCUCAAAGAAGAUGAAGAAAAAUGUCACAAAGUUGAUUACAUCUCUAAAACACGUGGAGAGUAAAUUUGGAGCUUCCUCACUUUUGAACGAAGAUCAAGAAGUUGUUUCUGUGAUAAGAGUUCUUAGAGAGGUUAUAGUAAUGAACAUGUCUAUCUUUCAAUCCAUUUUGUCUUUCUUGGCUUCCAAGUCAAAAGCAACCAAAUGGUUGAAAAUGGAAAAGUUGAUGCACAAGAGGACAAAAUCAUGUGAGGAGAAUUUAAAUGAAUUGCAGCGUGUGGAUGCAUCCUUGAGAACCCUUUUACGCGAAGGUUCUGAUGUUGCCAACAUCCAGAUUGCACAUGAAAGUUUUGAAACUUUGGAGAGUGCAAUUGAAGGGAUAGAGAAAGGUUUGGAAAGUGUAUUUAGGCGUUUGAUUAAAACUAGAGUAUGUAUUUUGAACAUGACUCAAUAG